AAAAUUGUGUAAAAUAAAUUGAGUGCUUUGGGGUGAGAGUGUAAAAACAACAUGAAUUUCGUGGCUCGCCAUGAUCAUUUGAGCGGUUAUAGACGUGUUAAUACUACAACAAAUGGCGUAACAUUGUGGCCAAAAGAUGAGUCUGCCACAACAAGAAGUUUUGUUAAGGAGAGUGUAUCGUGGAAAUGGCAUAAGGGUUCGCGUGUCAGCACCAUUAAUGACUGGCUGCAAAUAAAAAUCGGUGGCGAUGAGGAGGUGAAAAAGAAAAAGAGAAAACAAAAAUUGAAUCGCAUUAAAUCAACCAAAUACACAUUCAUCACAUUUCUGCCACAAAAUCUACUCGAGCAGUUUCGGCGAAUAGCGAACUUUUAUUUUUUAGUCAUGACCAUUAUAUCGCUAUUAAUUGACAGUCCCGUAUCACCAAUGACAUCACUACUACCACUAGUAUUUGUAAUAGCUGUAACGGCCGCUAAACAAGGUUAUGAAGACGUUUUGCGCUUUAAAACUGAUAAUAUAGUCAAUUGUUCGCCAGUAACCGUUAUACGUAACGGUGUGGAAGAACAUAUAGAAUCCCAGUAUGUAGCUCCCGGAGAUCUGGUGCUGGUCGAAAGGGAUUGUGAUGUACCCUGUGAUUUGGUGCUGAUACGUUCCUCGGAUCCUCAUGGCAAAUGUUUUAUAACCACCGCCAAUUUGGAUGGUGAAUCCAAUUUAAAAACUUUAAUGGUGCCCAGAGAACUGCCCAUGGUGGAAUUGGAUAAAAUGCAUAAAUUGGGUGUUAUCGAGUGCGAAAGUCCCAAGACUGAUUUGUAUAGUUUUAAUGGUAAAAUAGAAUUGUCUGGGUCAGAGGGUAAAGUUUUGCCUUUGACAGCAGAGAAUGUAUUGUUAAGGGGUUCGCGUGUAAAAAAUACCGAAUGUGUUAUCGGCUGUGCCGUUUACACAGGCAUGACUACAAAACUCCAGCUUAACUCUCGUCUAACACGCAAUAAAUCUGCUUCCAGUGAGGUCUAUAUUAAUCGAUUUUUAAUCUUCAUUUUGGUAGCCUUAAUAGCCAUAGUUACGAUAUUGUAUUUCCUUAAAAGAUACGAUGAAAUGUUUGUUAUACCCCAUUUGGCCUAUUUGGGACCACCCGCCGAUAGUUAUAGUGUAAAGCAAUUUCUACAAGAUUAUUUAUCAUUUUUGAUAUUAUUCAAUUAUUUGAUACCCAUUUCAUUGUAUGUGACCAUUGAAAUGCAUCGUGUUUUGGGCGGUUUGUUUAUGGAAUGGGAUACUCAGCUGUAUGAUGAGGCUACCGAUCAACCUUGUAUUGUGAAUACUUCGAAUUUGAAUGAGGAAUUGGGUCAAAUUAAUAUAUUGUUUUCGGAUAAGACGGGUACUUUGACCAAGAAUGAAAUGAUAUUCCAGCAGUGUUCGAUAGCGGGCAGGAAGUAUGUGUAUAAGAAGACGAGAUUGCAGGAGGAGGGUCAAUCGUUUGAGGUGGAUAUCAAUAAGUUUAAUAAAGACCAAAAAAACUUCUUUCAAGCUUUAACCAUUUGCCAUACCGUACAAGUGGCUGGUGAUAUGAAUAGCAAUAAUGGUGAUAAGCAACCUGAUAAUAGCACAGAUCCUGAAGCUAAGACACCUACUGCUCCCCCCGCAGCAGGUGCUAGUGCUUUGUCUAAAAUGUAUUCAAUUUCCGACAUAACUGAAGAAAGUCACAAUUCUAGUCAACAAAGUGAUGUCAAUGCUAUGGAGACAUCUCUGUCCACAGAUCCUAAUGGUAGUCCCACGGUUAAUCCCUCAAUACAAGUUACCUCGGAUGUUAAUCCUUUGCUGGAUGAUAAAGUCGAAAGACGUAAAAGGCCACAAAUUGUUAAGAGAAGUCCUAAUUUUACCAGAGCCAAUACCCGGGUACAUCCCAUGUCCAUGCCUCCUCAGGGCAUGGAAAUGGUAAAUGGUGUGGGCGGAGCUGGGGUGAAUGCUGAAGGCAGACAGGUUAUGUUUCCCAGCUCCUUGCAAAGUAUACCCACUGGCAGACCUUUGUCUAUGCAAUUUAAACGUUCUACCUCUGAAAUGGAUUUGCCAGAAUAUGGUGGUGCUAAUAGUGGUGGGGGUGGCAUGGGAGGUGUGGGUGCUUUGGGUCAUAGAAGAUCUCAAUCAUAUGGAGCUCCUGGAGCUUAUAUAACACAAACAGCCAAUACACCCGGAGUUGUAUAUCGCACUAGCAGUACAGCUUCUAGGGAAUCCUAUGCGGCCCCAAAUUUCCAAAGACAACCCACCAUACUCAUAAGAGCAGAGUCCAUGAGAAGGAAAAAUGAAAUCGAGCAAGUUGUACACACUUUAGAUUAUCAGGCUUCCAGUCCCGAUGAAAAGGCCUUGGUGGAGGCCUGUGCCCAUUUAGGUCUUGUUUAUAUAGGUGAUGAUGAUGAGGUGUUGAAAAUACGUGUCACUCCACCCCACAUGGACUAUUCACGGCCCUUUAGUGUGGGCAAGGUUAACGAAAUGAAUUUCGAUCGUUUACAUGUUUUAGAGUUCACCUCCGAUCGCAAACGAAUGAGUGUGAUAAUCAAGGAUGAAAAUGGUACUAAAUGGAUUUACACAAAAGGUGCUGAAAGUUAUGUAUUUCCUUUGUGCAGCAAUAACUCUAGAGAUUUGGUGGCAAAAACCGAUGCUCAUAUAAGUGAUUUUGCGCGCAUGGGUUUGAGAACUUUGGCCAUAGCGAGAAGAAAGAUUGGAGCCGAAGAGUACAGAGAGUUUUUGGUGGAGCUGAAUGAGGCUAAUAGCUCGUUGGAGAAUCGCAAGGAGUUGAGCGAAAAGUGUUAUUCGAAAAUUGAGAGUAAUCUGGAUUUGUUGGGUGCUACUGCUGUGGAGGAUGCCUUGCAGGAUGAUGUGGCUGAUACUUUGAUUUCUUUGCAAAAAGCUGGCAUAAAAAUCUGGGUUUUAACGGGAGACAAGGUAGAAACUGCCUUAAAUAUAGCUUUAUCAUGCGGUCAUAUACCUCAAAAUGCCUUUAAAUACUUCAUCAUUGAAUGCUCACGCAAAGAAGAUAUGCUGACUCAUUUAAAUGCUCUCGAUAGAGAAAUUAUCUUUGGCAUGGGCCGUGAAUGUGCUCUGCUUAUUGAUGGCAAAAGUCUGGCGGUAGCUUUGGCUGAAACACCCAAUGAAUUCCGUGAUGUGGCCAUCAAAUGUACGGCUGUAUUGUGUUGCCGCCUGAGUCCCUUGCAAAAGAGUGAAGUGGUCUCCCUGAUCAAGACAGCGCCACAAAACUACAAUACAGCGGCCAUUGGUGAUGGCGCCAAUGAUGUCAGCAUGAUACAAGAGGCUCAUGUGGGUAUUGGCAUAAUGGGUAAGGAAGGUCGUCAGGCGGCCCGUUGUGCAGAUUUUGCUUUUGCAAAAUUUUGUUUGCUAAAGCGACUGUUGCUGGUUCAUGGUCACUAUCAUACGUCGCGUUUGUCUCUGCUGGUUUUGUAUUUCUUCUACAAGAAUAUCUUCUUUAUGGGUAUUAUGUUCCUAUUUCAAUUUCAUACGCUAUUCUCGUCUUCAUCGGUCUACGAUUCAUUAUUUUUGACUCUAUACAAUGUGAUAUAUACUUCGUUGCCGAUUUUCUUUAUAUCGCUAACGGAGAAACCCUAUACAGAAGAGACUUUAAUGAGGGAACCCGAACUUUACAAGAAAAACACCGACAACAAACAGCUACACUGGCCCUUCUUCAUGGGCUGGACCCUUAAUGCCGUUUAUCAUACCCUGAUCUGUUUCUAUUUUGCCUUCUUUGUAUUCUCCACCAAUGAUGUCAUUUUAAAUGUGGGACAAACUGCAGAAUUUUCCUGUUUUGGCACUUUGCUCAUACAGCUAGUGGUGAUAGUAGGAAAUUUGAAAUUAUGGCUGGAAUCCAAAUAUCUAAGCUACUGGUAUAUAGUCACCAUUGUGGGCUCAAUAUUAGCAUUUAUGAUUACCACUGUCAUCUACAAUGUUAUCGAUUUCCACUACGACACCGAUAUCUAUUGGGCCUACAACAAACUGCUCAGCUCUAUACCCGUUUGGCUGUUUUGCAUUAUCACCACUGUUGCCUGUUUGCUGCCCGAUUUUACCUAUCGCAUGGCCAAGAGAGGCUUAAAUCUACCCAAACACAGCUUCUUUCCGGGUAGAGAACGUUUACGUUUAUUGCAAAUGCGACGUAAAGUUGAAUCGACUCAUUUAUAAUGCGGUCAACGAGAAAAGGAAGAGAGAUAGAUAGUAUUGAAUUUUAACUGUUAUUUAGGUUUAAGACAUUCUAUUUUUUUAUUAUUUAUAGAUCAUCUGUUAUUUUAAGUUCUUUGUAUUGUAUUUUAUUUAGCGUGUAAGUGCUAAAGAAAUUGUCCAGUGCCAAAAAAUAGUUUUUAAGAAUUUUUAUUAAUUUAUUUUAUACCAUGACAACAAAGUGCUGUAAAUAAAGAUCCAUUUCAAAAAAAAAAAUAAAAAGACAAUCUUGAA